CACGUCUCCAAAUUGUAAGAAGAAUGUGGUCUUAAAAAUAUUUGCACUUGGUGCAGGCCCCAAAGAUCAAGUUUGACUUUGCUUUUACAAAAAAAAAUUUUAGUGUCCAUGUACUAUCAAUCGUCUAUCUUCUCGGGGACUCGGACACAAACGCAAUACUAGCAGAGAGAGAGAGAGAGAGAGAGAGAUGGCCAUGGCACAUAUUCUAGUCAUACCAUUUCCAGCACAAGGCCAUGUGAACCCCUUGAUGCUUUUGUCACGAAAAAUAGUGAAGCAUGGGUUCAAAAUCACAUUUGUAAACACAGACUUCAACCACAACCGUGUUGUGGGUGCGUUGGACAGUCUCAUGGAUUCAAACAUUAGUUUGGUGUCUAUCCCAGAUGGAUUAGGUCCUGAGGAUGACCGAAAUGAGUUGGGCAAGUUAUGUGAAGCUAUGUUACGCACCAUGCCUGAGAAGCUUGAGGAGCUCAUAAACUAUAUUAAUGCUUCAAAUGGUGAUGACAAGAUCAGUUGUAUAGUAGCCAAUGCUGCAGGUAUGGGGUGGGCCAUUGAAGUUGGCAUUAAGAUGGGAAUUAAAAGAGCUUUCUUCUGGCCUGGGACAGCAGCUUCGCUUGCCUUGCAAUUCAGCAUCCCAAGGCUGCUUGAUGGUGGCAUUAUAAAUUCUGAUGGAAUCCCAACCCAAAGACAGAUGAUUCAACCACUCCCAGGCAUGCCUGUCAUGGACACAGCCUAUAUUCCUUGGAUUCGUAUAGGUGAUUCAACUUGUCAAAAGAUUGUCUUCAAAUAUAUUUUACAAUACAUGCAAACUUUGAAGUUAGGAGAUUGGUGGCUUUGCAACACGGUUCCUGAACUCGAGCCCGUAACAUUUUCUUUGGCUCCAAAGCUCCUACCAAUUGGUCCAUUGAUGUCAAGCGAACACAUUGAAGAUUCAGUGGGACAAUUUUGGCAAGUAGAUCACUCAUGCCUAAACUGGCUCGAUCAGCAACCACCCUGCUCAGUCUUGUAUGUUGCCUUUGGUAGCUUUACAGUUUUUGAACCAACUCAAUUCCAAGAGUUAGCUCUUGGUCUUGAGCUUACCAAUAGACCUUUCCUUUUGGUGGUACGUCUGGAUAUCGUUGAUUGGUCAAAAACUGCAUAUACAAAUGAAAUUCAAGGCACUCGUGGGAAGAUCGUAGGUUGGGCACCUCAAACUAAGGUUUUAAAUCACCCUUCCAUUGCUUGUUUUAUUAGCCAUUGUGGUUGGAAUUCUACUAUAGAAGGUGGAAGCAAUGGGGUACCUUUCUUGUGCUGGCCUUACUUUGCUGAUCAAUUCCUUGACCGGAUCUACAUUUGUGAUGUUUGGAAGGUUGGACUAGGAUUUGAGCUAGAUGAAAAUGGAAUUGUAUUGCGGGAAGAAGUUAAGAGGAAGGUGGAUCAACUACUUGGUGAUGAAAGCAUAAGAGCAAGAUCUUUGGAGCUUAAGAAAAUGUUGAUGAAUAAUAUAUCAGAUAAUGGUCAGUCUUCAAAGAAUUUCAACAACUUCAUCCAAUGGCUAAAGGCAUAAAGCCGCACGUGAUAUGCAGUAGAAGUUGAAAUCCUCUUCCAUGAAUUAUUUGCAUAUAGAAGAAAUUGAUAAUCCUUUAAUAUUGACACCAGUGUCCCUGAGGUAGCCCAAUGUAACUCAUAUAAUGAUGCCCAGAAUAAUAAAGUUUGGGAAUGAUGUUAAUCUACAAAUUUUGGCUAUAAUCAAAAUAAAAUUGGUACAUUCAUAGAACGAA